CCUAUGCGUUUUUUAUUGCAUCUGUCACAGCUUCAAAUUCUUCGUUCGAGCACAUUUCUUGCUAAUCAUCUGACCAUAUGAGGCAAAACCCUCUCGUUUCGUAUAAACACUUGUGAUAAGAAACUCAAAUUUAGUCAGUUGUUUUUUAAAAAUGUCGGAUCCACGAUUACGUACCCUAAAAAUUAAAACCGGAAUAGUGAAGCGUCUUGCGAAAGAAAAGGUUAUGUACGAGAAAGAAGCGGUGCAACAACGCGAAAGAAUACAGAAACUGAAAGAUCAGGGCAAGGAUGACUAUGACAUUAGAAAGCAGGAAGAAGUGCUCCAGGAAUCACUGAUGAUGGUUCCAGAUUGUCAACGUCGUUUAGCAAAAGCUUAUGAAGAAUUAAAGAAAAUUUUGGAAACGGAACAGGAUUUAAAGGACCAAGAGCCUUAUAGCGAGGCAGAAAACGUUUUGCAGGACGCUGAAGAACAACUUCCUAAAGGAGGAGAAGUUCUUCAUGUGUGCUAAAAGAUCUUAAGCUUUGCACAAGAACCAUAUUUUGCAUUUAAUUAUUAUUUACAUAAACUUCUUUAAUAAAUAACUUAGGAUACUAAAUAUUAACUUUUAAUAAUAUUUUCAAUUAUUAAACAUAGAAUACCAUAUAUGGUGAUUUGAACUUUACCAUGCAUUCAGGGUCUAAUAAUUUUAAUCCAUAUUAUAAUCAGUAUGCUCCUACCAGUGCUAUUUAUCCAACAUACAAUCCAAAUCAUGGUAUACCUACUCACAAUAUGUAUAACUAUAUGGUCAAUCCAUCGUACAGUAUUUCGCAAGAAGAGGAAGUGUUAACCACGACUCUAGCAAAAAGACAAAAUGAUGAAAAAGUUAUUGAGAACUUUAUUGGAGAGAAAGUCACUGAAACUGUGUACAAUAAUAGCUCGCAGGAGAAAUCAAACAUUGCCACAAUUAAAACUGCUCUAAUAUCUGCUUGUAAACUCAACGAAAGACUAAACAAAAUGGCUUCAGAACUAAAAACUGAUAUAGACUUACCGGAAGAAGAAUGGCAAACAAAAUUAGAAGAGUGUCAGUCAGUAAAGUCUGAAUUGUCUGAAUUGCUAAACAGAUUCAAGGAGGCCAAUGUGCUAGAAAAGACAAAUAAGCAAUUAGAAAAGAGAAAAAAGAAAAGAUUGAGAGAGAAACGUAGACAAGCAAAAUGGAAUCUAGAAAAGAUAUUGAAACUGGAGAGAAGAGCGAUUUUACAUGCUGAAGCAGAUGCUUGGAUCAGUCGGAAGCAAGAAGAAAUAAAUAAAGAAAAACAGGAAGAAGAGUUGAGAAGGGAUGCAGACAUGAUAUUAUCAGACGUGAGAGGAAAACGCAGCGAUGCAAAGAAAUUUCUGGCUGUUCUACAAGAAUUGGAAAACUUAAGAAAAGUUAAAGUUAAUGCUGCUAGAGCGAGGGGUGAACACCUUUCAUCAGCAGCGGAUGAAGCUUUCAAUAAUAUCAUUGUGAAGUUAGUAGAACAAUGGGCAGCACUGGAUAGAGAGUAUUCGAUCGAGGAACAAGGAUUAAAGCUAAUGUUGAAAACGGAUAAUGAGGAAAAAAUUGAAAAGCAAAAAAGAAAUACCUUUGAUGAUUGGGAACGUGUAUUGUUUGGUAGAAAGUUACCAUCGAUUGACAGUUUUCAGCGAGACCCAAGUGAACUCGUGGCUAUCAGGUUCGCCUGGGAUAAAUACAUAAGUUACAAUGGCCAAGGUUCACCUAUCCCGAUUGGAUGGGUAAUGCCUGAAACAGCAUCAUCAGCUGCUUGGCAAAAGUACCUCAAAAAUGAUUCUUUUCAUGCUAAGUCGUAAACUAUUAUAAAAUUAUAUUAAAACCGACUGCACAACAAUA